CUUGUCCAAAGCACCAUAGUGACCAUUCCAGUCAUACCAAGCUUGAAUUAGGUGGCACAGCAAGUCCACAAAAUCCACGCCAAUCUGCGGUGGGGCAGAUUUACAGUAGAGACUAGAGCUGAUGAUAUCAAUACCCGAUCGGGAAAACUCAUCUUAAUCCCACGACCACCAUAUCCCAGCCCCAACCACAAUCAACAUAUGCAUACAAGUAUACCAAACUGUCCCUAACCCAUUUAAUCUAAUUCCGCAAAAUGGACUGGGACCCAACCCAAUUCUUCCGCACCGACGCACAUAACCCCCCCUCACCAUAUGCUCUCCUCGUCCUCAACCAGCCGAUCAACGAGAAAGCCUUCAAGGUGUUACGGGAACAUGCAAACUACACAAUCUGCGCCGACGGCGGCGCAAACCGUUUCUACGAUCUUAUGCGAAAAAACGGCCUUGAAUCUACCAUUCUCCCUGAUUGUAUAAUCGGUGACCUAGACUCCAUCCACGCCUCAGUCCACACACACUACUCAUCCCUAGGCGUAACCAUAAUCCAAGACCCAGAUCAGUACUCGACGGAUUUCACUAAGAGUCUUAAAUAUCUGCGCACACAUACCCCAGAUAUCACCUCCCCAUCCCCCUCUUCCCAUUCAUCAUACCCCCAAACAGCGGGAAACGGGCGCCUGGAAAUCCUCAUCCUAGGCGGUCUCGGCGGCCGCGUCGACCAAGCCUUCUCGCAAAUCCACCAUCUCUACCUUAUGACGAGGAGUUACUCGUCUGACCAGGCAGCGGGGAAUUUGUAUCUUGUGUCAGAGGAGAGUUUGACGUUUAUUCUGCAGCCGGGGAGGAAUGUCAUCCGCACUCCCAAAACAAACAGACCCAUUCCCGGGUCAGCCGCCGAUUCUACUGAUUCUACUGGCUGUGGAGGCGACGGUGAAAGUGAAACGCAUCUUCUCGAAGAGAAUGUCGGGAUAAUUCCGAUUUCUGGUCCGGCAAGGAUUACCACGAAAGGAUUCCAGUGGGAUGUUGAGGAUUGGCCGACGGAGAUUGGGGGCCAACUUAGUACGAGUAAUCAUAUACGGGCUGAUGUGGUGGAGGUUACGGCUGAGGUGCCGAUUUUGUUUACGGUGGAGUUGGCGAAGAGGUUUAAGAGGGUUCGGUGAGCUGUGGAUCAGGGAUCGAUGGAUUUGAAAAAUGUUGGAGGGAUACCUACAGUGGAUAACAAGUCAUACAAUUUAUUCAAUUGAGAAAACUAACCAAGUGCUCUAAGCACGAAUCAAU